GCUCCGCUGAAAAGACUUGGUGGAAAAGGCGCGCGAUCACUUUGGGGAAAGGGGAUUCAGAUCAAGCUCGGCCGGCUUUAACAGAACGAGUUAAAACAGCCACGAGAGAGAAAGAGAGAGAGAGAGAGAGAGAACAACUCAUCGGUGGAUGGGAGGUGUUGGGGGGAGAGGGAGGAGUUCAGAGAGGAGUGAUGAAUUGGGAGAAGAAAACCAUACACAGAACUCAAAAGGUUAGAAGGAGUAAAUCGGGAGAUAAAACAGCUUAGCCUUGAGCAUGAUUGAAUGAGGAGUAGUUCUUUAUUUGACGGAAAGUAAGAUUUGGUCUGUGAGGAGGUACAUUCUGAGAAGAAAAGUGAGUUCAGUUCGUCAACAGAGUGGGCGAGUAAGGAAACAACACGUUUAUAUAUGGAACCGUUAUCCGCAGGGAGGUGGGGAAAAAGUAAGAUUUAUCGCAAGGAACUGUGCCGUGGAGUCUCUCAGCAGAGGAGGUGACAGGGCAAGGAAGAGGGGAGGGGAGAUUAGCCCCGGAACUGGCGUUCAGGUCAGUCAUAAGUUAACGUAAAAGCGGCGGGAGUGAAGGGAACGGGGGAGGGGGGGUGCGAAAUAAGGUUAUUAAACGCAAAGUGAAAAGGAUAGAACGAGGGAGCCCCAGGAGCGGAAGCCGGCAGCCACAGUUUAGAUAAAGGGCAAGAAAAAUAAACGGGGUUAAAAAUCAGGGGUGUCCCGAGAGGAGUGGCAAGAAAGAAACAAAGAGCAGAAGGGAGAUUGAAAGAGGGCAAGGGAGGGGAGGGAGAAGAGAAGAAAAAGAUAUAGACGGGGGCAACUAGAAGCGGAAUCGAACGAACACGGUGAUCGGAGGCAGGGGAAAUAGAAUCAGUAGACUAACUGUAUUAGGGAAUAAGAGUUUUGUAGUUGAAUUUGGGGGGGGGGGAAGGAUCAACUAUAGCGAAACGGGGGCAAAAGAAAGGGAGCAUUUAAGGAGGAGAAGGGCAUUGGGAUAAAUGGGGGGACAGAAAGUGGGUAAAACAGAUAUGUACAGUUAGAGGGAGAAGGUAAUCGGCGGGAAAAUCGAGUCGGCAGAAGCGUGAUUUAGAUACUGGAAAUAUAAUCAGACAACUUGGAAACCGAGGAGAUUAAGCCAAUAUAAACUAUAAAUAGAAAACAAAACCAAUUAAGCUUUUGAAAUCAAUGAGUCCUUGAUAGGAACCAAUCAGGGCAAUUGAAAUUGGAUUUAAAAGAAUCCGCGUGUUGCCCCGUAGAAGGAGUUAGCUGGGGUCUACAAGGUUGGAUUAAGUGUCUACCACUAGAGUUUAUGGCACUUCUCGGAAGGUACACCCAUGCCAUCGUCAGGGCCAUCCCGAAUGCGAUGCUGCAGCGAGAGAGGGAGGAGGCGUCGGGCGGAGCGGCCUCGGAGUUGGACGUGGCCAAGCUGCAACGGCAGCUCGGGGUCUACACCGGUAUCCUGAGGCAGAAGCUGGGCUUGCAGGUGGUGGAGCUGCCGGCGCAGGAAGAGCCUGGUUGGCCUCGCAGCCUCCGAGUCGAGGACAUCGCCGUGGUCCAGGGCGACACGGCGCUGCUCACGCGUCCCUGGGACCCAGACCGCAGGAAGGAGGUGGACACUGUGAAGACCAUCCUACAAGAGUUGAAGUUACGCAUGCUGGAAGUGACUGACGAGGAAGCAACCCUCGAUGGCAGUGACGUCUUAUUCACAGGACGUGAAUUCUUUGUUGGGAUCUCAAAAUGGACUAAUCAUAAAGGAGCAAGAUUUGUUGCAGAGGCUUUUAAGGAUUUCACGGUGUCUGAGGUGCGCAUCCCUGAGCCUCAUCAUCUCAAGAGCUUCUGCAGCAUGGGUGGUCCCAGCACGAUUGUUGUUGGGAGUAGUGACCUUGCUCGAAAGACCAUCAAGGCAAUGGAGCAACUGACAGACUUCACCUAUGAAAAACUGACUGUGACGGAUGACGCUGCAGCCAACUGCAUCUACGUGCGGGUCGCUAACAAGUUUGAUACGCUGGUGCAUCGGUCGGCCGAGGAAUUUCCAGAAAGCUCUGCAGUUUUCCAGAAGCUGCCGGACUACACACUAAUACCAGCCUCCUGUACAGAGGUGGCGAAGCUCGGAGUCGCCCUCAGUUUUUGCUGCAUUCUGAUCAAUAAGAAGUAUUAAGAACCGGGACCCAGUUAAGGCCCCUCAGCCUUGGCUGAACUGUGGAAUAGAAUAGAAUUGGCUCUGAAUGAUUGGAUGCACUGGAAUGCUUGGAUCAAGAAUCUGUUGCUCCUCCCCCUUAAAUCUGUCUGUAAGGGGUGGGUGUGUGUGUGUGUGUGUGUCUGUGUGUAUGUGUGAGGGAGAGAGAGAGAGAGAGAGAGACGGGGCCCCAGCCCAUGGGCAACUGAGCAGAGCUGUAUUGUGUGGGGAGUCUGGAGAAAGCAGUGCAGCGACAUCUAGUGUUCGCCUGCAUAAUUGCAGCGUUUGCUCUGAAAAUUAUUUGGGAUAUGAUCAUUGUCCCUUCGUCAGGAAAUGUGGAUCCUGGUGGCUUUCAGGAACUUGUUGACUUUUCUAUUUAAGAUUUUUUUUUAAAUACCGAAGUGCUUGACAAUAUCUAAUUCACAUUUCCUACCACACAUUCUGGCCAGCUGGAGGGGAGUGCUCUAGUUUACUCUCACCUCUCUGUUAGUGGCGCAUUGAGCAUGGUAUUGUGGAAUGUAGGGAGUCGAGAAUCAAUGAUAUUCCUGGAACCUCGCCACAACCCUGCUUUUUAAACAACGGGACAAAAAUGCUAAUACUAUUGAAACAACGUUCACAUUCUUCUUAAAAUGUUCGUAUUGUUGCAUUUCAUAUUUUGGGCUCAAAUAAUUGAAUGAAAAGGUCGAAAUACGACCUUUCGCGAGUUUUUUUUAGAUGUUGACGGCAUUUCCUUCACAAAGGCAUUUUUAUCUUCCCCUUCAGUUAUUUCCAGAAGGCGAUGUUUAUUGUUAUCAGGUAAAUCUCCGUCUUUCUGUUUUGAAGGAAGACGUAUUUUAAGCUGCUUUUGUAUCUAACACCGCAGGGAGACGGCAUUCUCCUCUAAUCUAAUUUGCUGAGAGUCUGUUCGGGUGAGGGGGUCAACUAAUCUACACAACAUGAUGCAAAUAUACUAAGACUUGUAUUUUUGACCCCUUCAAGUCCUGCUCAAAUGCCGGUAAUGUAAUUCCCUCUGACCACCCUGGCCCCAACUCCUCACUGACAUUUGCAGCAACGGGAAUUAGAGAGAGGGGGCAGCUACUUGCUGUUCCGCGCGUUGCCAGCAGGUGUCAGUGGUUCCCGCAGUCGCCGCUUCCCGCCUUGUUUCAGAUGCAACAGCAACUUCUCGGGUCGGAAGUUCAGAACCACCUUUAUUCCGAAAAGGGAUAACGUGUGCUAUGUGUUAGUCGGGCGCUUGACUUUUCUGUGGCCUUAUUCAUGACCCUUGUGCCAGCGAGUAUUAACCGAACGUUAGAAGAGCAAUUCUUUCUUAUAACGUUGCUUGAUGAACUAAAAAUAUCCAGCUUGUGUGUGGGUCUUCCUUUGUUAUCCAAACCCAGGAUCAUUCAGUGAAGCUGAGAUGGCCUCUCACUCGAGCUGUGAGACUAGAUGUAAGCUCCGAGUGCUCUCCCAGUGCUGGACUGAACUUCGCCAAAGCUGGCUUGUAUGUCUGAAACCAGUCUUCACACGGGAUAUUCCUGUCAUCGCUGCAGCCCGAUCAUUGUAAAAUGUAUCAUGUCACACCUCCGUUCUGUGGGAGCACAUUGGGGAAGAGCAAAUCACACGGUGCUUUGACCAUUUUUUGUAUUGAUUCCUCCUCACUCUUUUUGUAAGCAAUUAAAAAUGAAAAAUGCAGA